AUGUUCGGAGAUCAAUCUUCGUCGUCCCCGUACGUGACGCCUUCGUUGACGGCAGUCUUGGGGCCGCCGUCGACGUUUCAGCAGCAGACGCUGUUGUUUAACUUUCAGCAGCCUUGUUCUCCUGGCGCCUUAGAAUCUGAGGGUCCGUUCUAUAUGCCCUCGUUUGAAGAGCCGACACCCUUCCCUUCUGGCUCCAGAAAAUCUCAGUUUGAGUCGACCAAAGAAUCCAUCAGCAACCUAACCGAUGUCUCUCUCAAAAUUACUAAGCAACUGCUCACCACUGACGGCAAAGACAAGAACAUGGUGUAUUCGCCGCUGUCUAUUCAGGUCGUCCUGUGGCUGUUAACGGCAGGGUCAAAGGGUCCCACAAAGGAGCAGUUGCUCUCUUUCCUCAAGUCCAAGUCCGUCGACGAACUCAACUCCCUCUCCUCCCAUCUUGUCCCUCUGAUCUUUGCGGAUGGAUCCACUAGAGGCGGUCCCUGCCUGAGCUUUGCCAAUGGCCUCUGGGUUGAGGAAUCUGUCUCCAUCAAACCUUCUUUCAAAAAGGUUGUGGAAACUGUUCACAAGGCGGCUAUAAAACAAGUUAAUUUCCGGACCAACCCUGAAGAAGCGAGAGCUGAAGUGAACGCAUGGGCUAAAAAGGCGACGCAGGGCCUUAUCAAAGAUGUUCUUGGUCCUGGGACAAUUAACAACAAAACCACGCUUAUAGCUGCAAAUGCAAUAUACUUCAAAGGAGUGUGGAGCGACCCGUUUGAUGCAUCGGAGACAGAAGAGUGUCGCUUCUACCUCCUCGAUGGUACUUUUGUUAAGGCACCAUUAAUGAGAAGCUACGGGGACCGGUUUGUAAAAGUCUUUGAUGGCUUCAAAAUCUUGAAGCUUCCUUACGAACAAGGCGAAGACGAGAAGCGGCAGUUUGCAAUGCACUUAUUACUUCCCGAUGCAAGGGAUGGGCUCCCAGCUUUGGUCGAGAGGGUUUGUUCCCAGCAUGAUUUCUUAGAUUGCCAUCGCCCCGAACCACUAGUCCCAGUUCGUUUGUUCAAAAUGCCAAGGUUUAAGAUCACCUCUGGCUUUGAAGCUUCCGAUAUUCUCAAGGAUUUAGGACUGGUGUUGCCUUUUAGUGAUGAUGGUGAACUGACAGAGAUGGUGGAGUCACCCCGAGGUAAGGCCAGACUUAUCCAUAAGUCCUUCAUUGAAGUUGAUGAAGAAGGCACAAAAGCUGCAGCUGUAACUGUUGAUGACAUACAAUUUUCUCUACACGACGAUGAACCGACUAAAAUGAUAGACUUUGUGGCUGAUCACCCAUUCCUGUUUUUCAUCAGAGAGGAAAUGACUGCAACGGUUCUAUUCAUCGGUCACGUGCUCAAUCCGCUUGAAAGGAGAUGAGUAGAAAUAUAUAACUCUGUUGGUUUAUUUCUACAUGCUAUAGUUUAUCCCUUAGACUUAAAUCUGGUAGUAUUCUAUAUGUUUUCCUUUCCUUUAUGUUUUUCAACUAUUUACAUUGUGGGAUGAUUGCGUUUAG